CAGACAUAGACGGACUCAGCUCUACACCAAAACAACAUCCGUUGACACGAGAGGACAUCCUGAAGGCUUGUAUAGCUCAGAAAGAGGCCAGAGACUGCUGCAGAAAUGUCGGAACAGGAUCCCCGGGUGCUUCUGCAGAAGGCAGACAAAGCCCUCCAGAGCGCUUCUGGAGGCUUCAGUUUCUUUGGAAACAAGACGGAGAAGUUUGAGAAUGCCGCAGAUCUAUACACACAGGCCGCAAACUGCUUUAGAGUACAAAAAAUGAACAAGGAGGCGGGAGCUGCAUUUGAGAAGGCUGCCGCUAUAUUUACCUUGAACCUAAACGAGCCAGGAGACGCCGCAAACACACUCACAGAGGCCUUCAAGGUAUACCGGAAGAGUGACCCAGAGGACGCUGCCAGAGUGCUUCAGACUGCUAUACAACACUACAUAAGUACCGGAAACUUUAGACGAGCUGCAUCUCACCAGCAGAACCUCGCCGAGGUGUUCGAGGUUGAAAUCGGAGACGAGACCAGAGCUCUUGCAGCUUAUGAGAAGGCAGCCGAGUGGUUCGAGGGCGAUAAUGCCGAAGCUCUCGCCAACAAGCAUUUCCUUAAGGUUGCAGACCUCGCUGCUUUAAAGGGCGAUUACGCCAAAGCAGUUGCCAAUUUCGAGAAAGUGGCCAAGUCAUCAAUAAACAAUAACUUGAUGAAGUGGUCCGUAAAGGAAUACUUCAUGAAAGCUACUAUGUGCCACCUCGCCUCAAAGGUAUCGUAUUAUGCAUCCUCCACCCUGCCAACAGCUGCAGUUCAAUAUAGCUGACGAAUGGACCACUCCCUGACAGGACCUUGUUGCUACUAACCGUGCUCUCCAAAAUUACACUGAGCUCGACAACUCAUUCCAAGGCACACGAGAGUUUGCACUCCUCACAGACCUAACUCAGGCCGUUGAGCAGGGGGACACGGAUGCCUUUGGAGAUAGACUCUACGAAUACGAUCAGCUGAGCAAGCUAGAUAAGUGGAAGACGGCGAUAUUCCUCCGAAUAAAAAAUAAUAUCGAGGAAACAGGGGAAGAUUUCUCUUAGGAUAUACAUGUUGAUAUUACCAUUUCCUUCUUCUCUUCUCUGUUCUUUUCUUUUUAUCUCGAAGUCACCAAUUUAUGCCCUCCCUGUUCACCUAUUUCGCUUCUCAAAUGCUAAUUUAUGUGUCUUAUCUUAAUUUACUGCCCUGGCCAUAUGGA